AUGAAUCGCGCCCUGUCCAUCCGCUCCCGUAAGAAGGAUGACCAUACCAAAGAGGCCUCCAAGCACACCUUCUCUAUUUCCACUCUUCGCGGCAUUCAGCAAGCUGAACUCUCCAAAAAGCUGUUCAAGCUGAUCAAGACCGAGAACCAUGCUAUUGGAGCGUAUGAAAACGCCGGCCGCGAGCGUCUCUCCAUUGCGUCCCAGCUGUCCGAUUGGGGAGAAUCCACCGGCGACGAAGCCGUGUCCGACCUGUCGGACAAGAUUGGCGUGAUUCUCUCCGAGAUAGGAGAACAGGAGGAUCUUUACGCACAAAACCUUGAGGACUAUCGGGCCAUCUUGAAGCAGAUUAGAAACAUUGAGUCCAGCGUACAGCCAAGCAGAGAUCAGAAAGCCAAGAUUAGCGAUGAAAUCCAGAAGCUCAAGUACAAGGAGCCAUCCAGCCCGAAAAUCGUCACGCUCGAGCAAGAACUCGUGCGAGCUGAGGCCCAAAAUCUGGUCGCAGAAGCGCAGCUGACCAACAUUACUCGUCAGAAGCUCAAGGAGGCAUUUGACGUGCACUUUGCGGCGACGAUCGAGCGCGCCGAGAAACAACUCAUCCUGUCUAGGCAUGGCCGCCGCCUUCUGAACUUGCUCGAUGACACCCCUGUGGUCCCGGGAGACGUGCGACAGCCUUUCGAGCAGGCCAGCGAGGCAAGACAAAUUCUCGCUGACGCAGAGGAUGAGCUGCUUUCAUGGCAGCCCAAUGUUGAGCCCAUCCAAUCGAACGCUGGAGGCCUCGGCUCCAACCUGGUGCCCUCGAAUGAAGCGGGUGCCCGUACCCACUCAGAGGUGACUGAGCCAGUAGCGGCCCCUCCUCCGACCGAGAAGCCGGCAGCUGAGGCUCAGGGAACACACCUGGAGGCGGUGACCGCUUAG